UUCAACUACAUCCACAGUCACUUCAAGUGAUGCCACCACUACUUCACCUACAUCCACAGUCACUUCAAGUGAUGCCACCACUACUUCAACUACGUCUACAGUCACUUCAAGUGAUGCCACCACUCCCUCAACUACAUCCACAGUCACUUCAAGCGAUGCCACCACUACUUCAACUACGUCUACAGUCACUUCAAGUGAUGCCACAACUCCCACUGCUACAUCGACAGUCACAAGUGAUGUCACUACUCUAAGACCAAUAAUGCCAUUAACAAGUGGUACUACUACAGUAAUAACAAGAACCUCAACAUUUGUAGCAGUAUCCACUCCCUCAACUCCCUCACAGGGACUAACUUUCAGAGACACUACUUUGGUGACAACAAUCAAAACCACUGUUGCAGAAUGCGUGUCAGAAACUCUGGUGAAUGUCAUCAGGCUGGAGAAAAUCACCAGUAAGUUAAUCAGUGUAAGUUGGACAGGUAUUAACCUGGACCAGCAGAUACAGUACAAAGUGAAGCUGGAGUCUGGUUCCAACUCAAGCCAGAGUGAGACCUCAGCCACCAAAGCUGUUUUCUCAGACCUUACUCCUGGAACCAUGUACACUCUGAUUAUUGAGUACUUAUCCUGUAGUAUCAAGAAAUACAUUUCAGCAAACAUAAUCACUGCUGGAAAGGUCUAUGAAUCUUUCACUCGAAUUCCAGGCAGAGAUUUUGUGUCUGAUUAUACAAAUCAAUCCAGCAAACUUUACAAAGACUUUGUAACAAAUUUCACCAUGCAGGUUGAAAACAAUCUCCCAAAGGAAUACCGGGACCUUAUCAGGGAUAAAGAAAUGGUGAUUGUUGUGACUGGUGUUCGCAGAGGAAGUGUGAUCGUUGACUUUGAUCUGGUCACUGCUCUGGAGGUCAACCUGUCAACCUCUGACGUGCAGAACAGCGUCAUCAAUGCGCUGAAAUCAUCUGCACUCGGAGUGGAUCUGAAUAUCACCUCUGUAAAAGAGGCAGAUAUCUGUCAAAGAGGCAGUUACACAUGCUCAAAAAAUGCCAGCUGUGUCAGAGCGGGACCUUCACAUACAUGUGAAUGCAAGGCAAAAUUCUAUGACAAAAAUCCAACCGUACCGGGUACUGACUGCAAGAGAAAUAUCACUCCAGGUGCAGAUCCAUGCAAAGGAGUUUCCCAGAUAUCAACGGCCCCGGGAGAAGGCUGGAAAGUGGCGACCAUAGUCCUGGGAGUUCUGCUGGGCUUGAUUUUGUUAGUCGGGGUUGUCGUUCUGGUCAGCACCGCAGUGAGGAAAGCAACUAGCAAGCUGACCUCGUACAACCUCCAGCACACAGAGCACAACAGACAGGCGGUGUCCAAUGACUAUUUACAAGGAUGUUAUUCUUACCAGAUCAAAAAUAUCAAGAUAUUGAAUAUUAAUAACAUUUGAAUUAUAUAUUUUGAUAGACAAAAGUAUCAGGUAUCACACCAUGUAAAGGAACAACGUCCUAAUUCUUUAAUUGUUUUAUAAAAUGCAACUGGAUUGAUGUCAACUCCGUCAGACAAAUAUUUAUUAUCCAACAAGUGUUAAAUAAAGGCCUUGAUUGUUUAAUUCUAACAUUACAUUAUUCAAAUAUGAUAUGAUAAUGCUCCAAGGCUAAUUUUGUUAGCAUUUUGACAUGUUUCUCUAGAUUCAGAACAUAAAACAACAUUUAGAAAGCAAACAAUAACCCUUAGGUCUAACACAGCAAAUAAGUCAGUAGUUUAAGCAUAUGUUGCAACAAUGUUAAAAUAUUUUUUUCUGAAUAUUGACAAAAAAGAUCGAUAUUAAGAGGGUUAGCCAUCAGUGAGUUGACAAGCCAUUGACGAGGCUGACAACAAAUACUCAAAACAGCCUCUAAAAAUAAACGUUUAAUACAAACAUUUGUAAAAAUAUAACCAUUCUAUCAGAUCUUUCAGCACUCUGACGGAGUUGACUUUAGACAAAAAUCUGACGGAGUUGAUGUUUUACGGAGUUGACAAAAAUCAAAUAUUUCUUCUUCAAUCAAGUAAUAUGCUAAGUUUAUCCUCAGUUUCUUUAUGACUCUAAAACCUAAUCAUAUAAUGUCCUAUCUUAAUCUAUUCGGCAGAUGGGAGUUGACAGUUUAUGAAACUGACAAUGGUGAUUUUAAUAUUGUUUGUUUAAAUCUAUCAAAAGGAGAGAACUUUACAGACCAUGAGUUGUCUUGUUGCACUACAGGUAAUGAGGACAUGAAGAAGGUGUCCUGAUGGUGAAGCUGUCCCUGCUCAUUCAUGAUUCAUUUAGGAUUUUAGACAAAUCUGCCAAUGUUGACUAAAUCUCCUAGUUUUGAGAGAAAUAUUCUUUAAAGUCAGAGGGCUAUUGGAAGAAACUACAUACAAUAUUUUUUCAGUUAGUAUUCAUUAUUGCUUGUUUGGAGAGUUUGAAAUUGGGAUCCUUUGUAAGGGCAUGUCACGUUCUGACCUUAGUUUCUUUUUAUGUCUUUGUGUUAGGUUGGUCAGGGCGUGAGUUGGGGUGGGUAGUCUAUGUUCUUUUUUCUAUGUUAUAUUUCUAUGUCUUGGCCUGGU